UCUCAUCAAUCGUUGUUUGUCGAUUAAGAUUAUUUCAUUUAUUAUUCUUGCAUCGUAUUUUAAUCAUCUUCACCAAAUGAACAAACAACUUCAUGAAACAAUAUCAUUCAUCAUCCGAUUUGAUCAAAAAACGAUUAAAUCAAUUUGAAAAAGCCGAAAUGUCUUCGACAACAAAGAUUGGUAAUGGAAUUUCCGUGAAUGGACGAUUGAAAAAACAGGAUACAUUUCAAUCAAAUAGUUCGACAACAAUCAAUUUAUCAAAAUUUGAUUCAAGUUAUCAUUCAUCGUUUCAAUGUCGAAUUUAUGAUAAAUCGAAUGCUCGAACAUCAAAAUUGUUUAGAAUAUUAACAGUAUUGGCAUAUAUUAUUGCAGUUAGUAUGGCUGCUAUUCUUUUGUCACUUUAUUAUACAUUUAUCUGGAAUCCAUAUCAUCAUCAUCAUCAUCAUCAUGGUAAUGGCAAAGAGGUAACUCUCAUCGAUAAACAACAUCACCAAUCAGCUACUAUGAAUAAUAAUAUUCUUGCCAUUCAAUCAUCAACAUUCAAGUCAUCAAAUCAAACACAUCAAUUCAUUUUUGAACAUAAUAACAAAACUGUUCCGGAUAUUAAUUCCGACAAAUCAAGACCAAUAGCCAUUGCAUCGUUAAUGAUGGCCAAUCAAACUGAAAAUGUUGGACAGUAAUUGGAAAAAAUAAUUUUUUUAUUUAAUCAUUAUUUUUUAUUUAUUUAUUACAAAUU